ACGGCCUUGACCUGUGACCCGUCGCACCUCCCGAAAGGGCCAAAUAUCGCUUUGCCGCUGAUGUUGCAGGAAGCUGAUGAUGGCGAGUUACGCGUUCAGUUCUCCGACUGUUGAUGAAGUAAAAGCUCGUUUGGAAAAGUACGACGUCCGGGCCUCUCAAACCUUCCCAGAAUCUGUGUACGAUCAUCUCCGACGGAGCAGCGUUCUCUUACCGCUGUUGUUCCGGAACGACACCCUACACGUGCUGCUGACGCUUCGCUCGUCCAAACUACGUCAUCAUGCCUCGACUGUAGCCUUCCCGGGCGGGAGAAAGGAAGAAGGUGAUGUCGACGACGUGGCAACAGCGCUGAGAGAAGCUGAGGAAGAGAUUGGACUUCCUUCAUCAAAAGUAGAAGUGGUCAGCUGCCUGGUGCCAUCCUUCUUCCGACCAGAUUAUUCCGUAUUCCCGAUAGUCGGUUUUAUACCUGAUGAUUUUAAGCCGGUUCCAAACGCAGAUGAAGUUGAAAUUGUAUUUACCGUCCCCCUAGCGAGGUUUCUGCAGAAUGACUUUGUGACCAAAGAAACGAGUUUGUUAGGCCGUAAGAUGCAUGUUUACUUUUUCCCGUGCGAGACUGAGAUGGGGGAGGUUUUCGUAUGGGGAGGCACGGCAAUGAUGUGUGUAUUGCUGGCUGCCAUUGUUUACCAAGAAACAUCCAGUGCCUCCUUGUUUGGCAAGAGCAGAUCGAGCGAAGAAAUGGCGAAGGAUAUGGAAGAUGUCUUUUUAAAAAUGUGUGAAUAUACAAAGCUUCAACCCAAACUUUGAUUGUUACGAAGUAAAAGCAUCCAAAAAUAUUACGCAAGGUUUAUGAUCGGGAGCACGGGUUGCGUUCACUGCCGUUAUGCCCCUUAGCCAUGCCAGGGUGUGCUGAUCGUAGGAAUCCAGUUAUCACCUUUGGUUUAUGGUCGGUCAGCUAUUCUGUUGUAUUCUUGGGUUUCCCGAGGCUGGCAAACGUCUACGAGCUGAUGUUACUGAAAUAUUGUUGAAAAUUAGUACGACCCUGGUGAAUUAUAGGUAAUUGCGAAUUGGCUACGUAAAACUUUGGAGAAGUUAUCUUUCCCUGGAGCAAAGACUCAUCUCACUAAAUUGAUUAUAUUUAGGUUCAGAAUAACACAGUCUCAUCGAUUCCUGGAGUAAAACUUCGUUGUACUUAGCCAUGAGUGAUUUAUAUAAACAGAAUUUUAGUUGUAAUUUAUCACAUAUGACACAACUAAAUUGAUGUGCGAGAAGAGUUCUGUACUUAUUAUAUGGAUAUUGUGGAGCAUUGUUUCUACAGCUAUAUUUAUACGGUUAUUGAUGUAUAUCUUUGUAUCUGAAGGAAUAAACGUGUGUCUUUUCA